CAGCCGUCGACCGCGGUUCGUUGUUUUGUUUGCCAGUCUUCCCCCUUUUUGUUGAACCGCAUCAUUUAGAGAGCGUACAUUUAACUAAUAACCAAUAAUGGCGGCCAGUAACGGUGAUUCCAAAAUGAGCCAACAGGGACCAGUUUUUGACUCCAAUGCGAUGACGCUUACGCGUUUCGUGUUGCAGGAGCAACGUAAGUUCAGGGAGGCCACCGGGGAUCUGUCACAGCUGCUGAACUGCAUCCAAACGGCGAUCAAGGCUACUGCCUCGGCGGUCCGAAAAGCAGGAAUAGCCAAGCUCCAUGGAAUUGCCGGUGACGUGAAUGUCCAGGGCGAGGAAGUCAAGAAACUGGAUGUGCUCUCCAACGAGCUGUUCAUCAACAUGCUGAAAUCCUCCUACACCACAUGUCUGAUGGUCUCCGAGGAGAACGAGAAGGUGAUCGAGGUGGAAGUGGAGAAACAGGGCAAAUACAUUGUGUGCUUCGAUCCCCUGGACGGCUCCUCCAACAUAGACUGCCUGGUGUCGAUCGGUUCGAUCUUCGCCAUUUACCGCAAGAAGAGCGACGGUCCACCCACCGUGGAGGAUGCACUGCAGCCUGGAAACCAGUUGGUGGCCGCCGGCUAUGCGCUCUACGGCUCAGCCACAGCCAUUGUCUUGGGUCUGGGAUCCGGAGUUAAUUGUUUCACCUACGAUCCAGCCAUCGGAGAGUUCAUCCUGACCGAUCCCAAUAUGCGAGUGCCCGAAAAGGGCAAGAUCUACUCCAUUAACGAGGGCUACGCCAGCGACUGGGAGGCGGGCGUUUUCAACUAUAUUGCGGCCAAGAAGGAUCCCGCCAAGGGAAAACCCUACGGAGCCCGCUAUGUGGGCUCCAUGGUCGCCGAUGUCCACCGCACCAUCAAGUACGGUGGCAUCUUCAUCUAUCCGGCCACAAAAUCCGCUCCCAGCGGAAAGCUCCGCCUGCUGUACGAGUGCAACCCCAUGGCCUAUCUGAUCAUUCAGGCCGGUGGACUGGCCAGUGAUGGUAAGAUCAGCAUUCUGGACAUUGUGCCCAAGAAGAUUCACGAACGUAGUCCCAUAUUCCUGGGCUCCAAGGCCGAUGUGGAGGAGGCGCUAAGCUACUUGAAGUGAUUUCUCUAACUGCUAUGUAUAAUUUAUGAAUAAAGGACAUUUACAUUUUUGCUAAGAAGUCCCAAUACCUAGUAACUUAAUUCCUAGUUAAAAUUUGCAUGCUCUAAUAGGAUGUCGAAUGAAUCUUUACUUGGGUCAUGCUUAUCGUAUUGUAAAAUUAACUUUCGGCAUGCCUUUAAGCUUAUAAACCGCAUUUUACAGAACAAUCUUUCAGACACUCUCGUUAUUGCCACAAUGAAGGUUUCUUUUCUGCUGGUUACUUUGGCCUUACAACUCAUGAGCCAGGCUGAGUCUUACCCAAACGACAAGUCUUUAACCAAACUUAUUUACGUAUGCGGCGAAUCGAACCCCCUAUGUUAUCGUGAUGUAACAGGACUAUGUCGACACCGUAUCAACGGAUUCACCUGUACAACAUAAUAAUUAAAUGAUAUCAAGAGAUGAUAUACUGAAAGUGAA